UUUCCUGCGAAACGGUUGGUGUCUUAGCAACUAAACCUAGCAACGGAGGAAUCGUCGGGUGUUGCGGAUCUCAGCUGAAAAGCAUCUGAAACUGCGCUCACAUGAGGAAUUUCAGCCUCCUAGGUUAGGGAAAAAAAUCUCCUCCCUUGCUUGGGACUCUGGAAGCAUGUCAUUCUGUUGAAAGUAAGGGGCAACAUAGAAUCAGAAGCCUUUCGCGAAGAAAAGGCUGACAUGCCCGUCCUUUAUGACAGGUUGCUGAAGCUAAAGGAAAUGUUUAAAUCCAAGUUUGCAUCCAUUCCCAAGUUUUAUGUUCGAGCACCAGGAAGAGUCAACAUAAUAGGAGAGCAUAUAGAUUAUUGUGGAUAUUCUGUUCUUCCUAUGGCUGUAGAACAAGAUAUGCUAAUAGCUGUGGAACCUGUGAAAACACACACUCUCCAACUGGCCAAUACAAAUCCCUUGUAUCCGGACUUCAGUACUAGCGCUAAUAAUGUUCAGAUUGACAAAACCAAGCUUCUGUGGCACAACUAUUUCCUAUGUGGAUUUAAAGGAAUUCAGGAGCACUUUGGUCUUAAUAACCUGCCUGGAAUGAACUGCCUGGUAGAUGGAACUAUCCCACCAAGUUCUGGCCUCUCCAGCUCCAGUGCUUUGGUCUGUUGUGCUGGCUUGGUAACACUCACAGUGCUGGGAAUGCAACUAUCCAAGGUGGAACUUGCAGAAAUCUGCACCAAGAGUGAGCGUUACAUUGGCACCGAAGGAGGAGGCAUGGACCAGUCCAUAUCAUUUCUUGCAGAAGAAGGAACUGCCAAGUUGAUAGAAUUUGGUCCUUUGAGGGCAACUGAUGUGAAACUCCCAAGUGGAGCAGUGUUUGUGAUUGCCAACAGUUGUGUGGAAAUGAAUAAAGCAGCAACUUCCCAUUUCAAUAUCAGGGUAAUGGAGUGUCGGCUAGCUGCAAAGCUCCUGGCUAAGUACAAAAGCUUGCAAUGGGACACAGUACUGCAGCUGGAGGAGGUGCAGGCCAAACUGGGGGUUAGUCUGGAAGAAAUGCUGUUGGUCACAGAGGAUGGCCUUCAUCCUGAGCCUUAUACCCCUGAGGAGAUCUGCAGGAAUCUGGGAAUUAGUCUGGAGGAACUCCGAACCCAAAUCCUGAGUCCAAACACUCAAGAUGUGCUCAUCUUCAAACUCUACCAGCGGGCAAAGCAUGUGUACAGUGAGGCUGCGCGAGUGCUCCAGUUCAAGAAGAUAUGUGAAGAAGCCCCUGACAACACGGUCCAGCUGCUGGGAGAGCUGAUGAACCAGAGCCACGCGAGCUGCCGGGACAUGUAUGAGUGCAGCUGCCCUGAACUGGACCAGCUGGUGGACAUCUGUCGGAAGUUUGGGGCUCAAGGGUCACGGCUUACUGGAGCAGGAUGGGGAGGCUGCACAGUAUCAAUAGUACCUGCUGAUGAGCUGUCCAACUUCCUAGCAAAUGUGCAUGAAGCCUAUUACCAGAAGAGUGAUCGAAGCUCAGUGCUGGAGAAGCAGAGUUUGUUUGCUACCAAACCUGGAGGCGGGGCUUUGGUUUUCCUUGAGGCCUAAACAAUGUGAAAAAACUCAGCCAAACUAUUCAGGGUAUUUAGGAACUGGCAGGACUUCCUAUGCCACAGUAAAUUAAUCCUCUUUCUGUUUUGCAUUAUGAUGAACUAUUGCUAUUAUCAAGAUGUAUUUCCAAAGAAAUGGUUGAAAGCUCUCUAUGCUUCAUAAUGAUUAUUUUUCCAUCUUAAAAUAUGUUUUCACUAUUAAGAGCAAAGCUUUUGCUUGUACAGAUCUUUUAAGAAUGAUUUACUGAGAUUUAUUGAUUUGAAGAUUGAAAAGAUGAAUGAAUGAUAAAACACACUGUUAACACUGACUUCAUAGAUUGGAUUUGUAUUAAACAUACUGCUACAAUUAAACUGAUACAAUUGAAUAGA